AGGAGAACGCGGUGAAUGAGCAAACGGCUGCAGUAUGUACGAACUCUCGAGCGCCGAACGCACGCUCCUCGGGGACUCAAACUUAUCACGCGGUAUAGGAAUAAAAAACAUCUUUACGAACUUUAGAUAAAGCUCUACAUUUUUAAAUUAUCAGCAGCAGUACACGUUGAAAUGAAUAUUAAAGUUCAAUGGGCAAAUACAAUCAUGUGUAGAAAUCAGAAGCACUCACGAGGGUCCCUGUACCUCGUUAUUAUUAUUUUAUUAGGACUAGAUUCGAAACUUGCAGGUGAAGCAUUUCAACCAGAAUUUGUUGAGCCGAUAGGAAACCUUACUGUACCUAUUGGGCGGGACGCCACGUUUCGAUGUUUAGUACAAAACUUGGGAGGCUAUAGAGUAGGGUGGGUAAAAGCAGAUACAAAGGCAAUACAAGCGAUACAUGUCCACGUAAUCACAAAUAACCAUAGGGUGGGUGUUUCACAUAAUGGCCAGACUGUAUGGAAUCUGCACAUUAGAAAUGUCCAGGAGGACGACCGCGGCAAAUAUAUGUGCCAAAUCAAUACCGACCCUAUGAAAAGCCAGAUGGGAUUCCUUGAUGUGGUCGUCCCGCCUGAUUUCAUAGCAGAAGAAACUUCAAGUGAUGUCAUGGUACCUGAAGGUGGGACAGCCAAGUUGUCAUGUCGAGCUCGAGGUCAGCCCAGACCUCGUAUAAUGUGGAGGAAAGAGGAUGGCUCUGAUAUUGUUAUCCGGUUUUCAAAUGGCAGCAAAAGCAAAAUAGCUGUAUAUGAAGAUGAAAUCCUUACACUGAAUAAAAUAUCCCGGUCUGAUAUGGGAGCCUACCUCUGUAUUGCAAGCAAUGGAGUUCCACCAUCUGUAAGCAAGAGGAUGGUUGUUAAAGUGCACUUCCACCCAGUCAUUCAAGUCCCGAACCAGCUGGUAGGAGCGCCUCUCGGCACCGACGUCACUCUGGAGUGUUACGUCGAAUCUUCGCCUAGAUCCAUUAAUUACUGGGUUCGAGAUUCAAAUGAUAUGGUGAUAUCAUCCAGCAAGUACGAAGUGACGACUACAGUACUCAGUUCUUUUGAGAGCCGUAUGACAAUGGUGGUACGAGCCAUCACGGAUAACGAUUUAGGAGGAUACAAAUGCAUAGCAAAAAACUCCCUGGGAGAAGUUGAUGGAACCAUACGUCUUUAUGGAAUAACAAGAAAUGUUAUAAACAACUCUAGUCCUUCGAGCAAGGGCGACGACUACCCAACCCCAAUGGAAGGACCUGACAAUCAAUUUGGGUCAGCUGAACGAUCUGAUGAUGAAGACGAAGCCGUAACUGAUAUUUUCGAAAAUAUAACCCAAAAUCAUAAUAGAUCAUUAUACGAGUCAACACCUAAUACUGUACAGCAAAAUGCAAGUAAUAAAGUUAAAAAUAUUAUGAGUAAUUCAAAAACGAGUGUUAAUCAAAGUUCUAUUUUAAAGAUUAAGUCUACUUUACAACUAUUCAUUAGUUUAGUAUUUUUCAUUGCAAGGUAUUAAAGAAUCACGAACAAAAUUAUUAUUCCUAUUUAAAAAUAAUAUUAUCAUAACAAUUAACAACCAUUGAUUAUACCAAAUUUACUUCAUCUGUAGGAAACUCAGAAUUCCGACAAAUUCCCGAUUUGGGAAGGCUAGAUUUUUUCUCAUAAACGAUUUUUCAUUUAGAAUUACUUGCGUUUGCAAAUGGAUUACUGAUGUUUUGCUUCGUUCGUUAUUUAAUUAUGUUCUUAGUAAAGAAUCGCGAUUCAUACUUACUUCAAUUUCGGAAACAGCAGGAGAAAUUAAUCCGUUUACUAAAUGAUUUUGUAGUAAAAAAAUCCACGAAUAGCUUGUCAGAAGUCCCAUAUUUGUGAAUUCACAAGGCUCCAAGUAGAUAAAUCUAAUAAUGGAUGUGAUAUUAAAAAUACGUAGAAUUAAACAUAGAUAUAUUGUAAAUAAAACUAUUUAGACAUUUAAUGUUGUCAUAAAUACAACAUAUAUUCAAAAUUAUUUAAAAAGGAGAAUUGUAAAUUGCUUGAUUACAUAAAGUGGUGUUUUGUGCUGUAAAAUAUAUUGAUUGUUUAUGUAUUUUUGAGAAUUUCGUGAAGUAUUUUGUGAAAUAUUGUUAUUGUUUUAAAUUUUGAAACUAAAAUUAUUAUUAAAUUUUACAAAUAAUUUCUUAUUUAUUCACUUCAAUGAAAAUAAAUAAAUAAAAUCAUUUAAUUCAGACCAUUAUAUGUCCAUAUAUUGUUAGUAGAGUAAUACUUAUAACUAUGUCAGCAAAAUUAUUAAAACAUUUAAUUCAUAGGCACCAGGUACAUAGGCGAACGUAUGAACCCAGAAAACCUCUUAAUUUUUUUUUUAUCGAUUGAUCGAAAUUUUAUCAUGUAAAAAUAUAAUGCUACUUGUUCCUGAUGUAUAUUAUUGAUUGAAUUCUAAAAUAUUAUGAAUAAAUGUUUAAGU